AUGUGUGAUUCGAAGGCGGUCGAGGCCCGACGAGAGCAUUCGACGAAGAGUGGGGAAAAGGGACACGUGGGGGCCGCACAGGAACGCGGACACGAACAUGACCAUUCGCAUGGAAUUUUCGGGCACAGUCAUUCACAUGGAGGGGACGACGGCCAUGCGCAUGGUGGGGAGGUCAUGGAGGCGUUACAGAAGGGCGUCGCUGAUAGAGGGAGUAGGAUAACGUUGAUUGGGCUUGGUGCGAACGUUUUGUUGACGAGCGCGAAGGGAGCUGCGGGAUGGUACAUGAACUCGGCUGCGCUGCUCGCGGACGCUGGACAUUCGCUCAGCGACCUUCUCGGGGACUUCGUCGUCCUCUUCUCAUGGCGUCUUUCUCGCCGCCCGCCCAGUGCUCGCUACCCUUAUGGCUUCGCCAAGUUUGAGACCGUCGGCACUGCGAUUGUCGCGCUGCUCCUCGUCGGCGGUGCUCUCGGUAUCGGAUUCCAUUCAUUGUCCCUCCUACUGGAAGCUCUCGCCUACACAGCCGUAAACCUCCCUGACGGGCCCCUCCACUCGGCCAUCGAGAACCUCACAUCUAUCGCACACAACAUUCCUGCGAUCGGCUCCGUCGUCAGCCAUGACCAUGUGCACGCGCAUGUGUUGGACCCAAACGCGGCUUGGUUCGCGGCGGCGAGCGUGGUGGGCAAAGAGUGGCUGUUCAGGAUCACGAAGAAGGUCGCGGACCAGGAGAGCAGCCCUGUUCUGCUUGCAAACGCGUACCAUCACCGGAGCGACGCGUACUCGAGUUUGGUGGCGUUGGUCGCGAUCAUGGGGAGCAGCUGGUUUCCGGCUUUGCCUUUGGAUCCGAUUGGAGGGUUUUUGGUGUCUAUCGUCAUUCUGAGCCAAGGGGCUUCGAUUAUGGGUGGCGCGUUCAGGGAACUUACUGAUGCCAGUGCAUCCCCUUCGACGAUGCGAUCAGUCACACGAGUCCUCGAUACCAUUAUCUCAGAAUCUGCCGCCUCUCCCUCCCCAACUCUCCUCAAAGUACAUCAUGUUCGCGCCAAACGCACCGGCGCGAUGCUUUUUGUUGAUCUCGCGGCAGAAGUGCCCGGUUCGCUAAGCGUGGAAGAGACGACGAAGCUCGAGGAGACGAUCGUAGGCGCACUGAGAGAGGCGAAGAAGGAGAUUGCAGAGGUCAACAUCAAAUUCAGGCCAGUCAGCCAUUCGGAGCAUGAUCACGGUCAUUGA